AGUGUUUAAACAUUAUUUUUUGUAGACCUAAUGUUAGUAAAAUGAUUUAAUAAUGAAUAUUUGAAUAAGAAAACACCAGCUGUCUAAGUAUUUAAGUUAAGCUCACCCCUCUCACUAUCUCACGCACUCUCUCUUGCUCGCCACCGCCUCUUUCCCCUCUUCACACUCGGGAAACUUUGUGCUUCUUGCUCACCGGUGAGUGGCCCGAACGCAUCCCUCUCCCUCUCCCUCUCCCUCCACCAUGGCACAUGAGUGAACUCGAAGCCUCUACCUUGCUCCUUUUCUGCAUCGAUUUGGUUCGUGCCGUCGGAGUCCACGAGGGCAGGAUGAACAGCACGGUGGGGGAGGCGACAACGGGCGUGGGUGGAAGGCCGCCGUUCACGGCGGCUCAAUGGCAGGAGCUGGAGCACCAAGCGAUGAUCUAUAAGUACUUGACGGCGGGGCUGCCGGUCCCUCCGGAGCUACUGGUUCCUGUCCAGAGAAGCUUCGAGGCCUUGCCUGGCCGAUACUUACACCAUCCUGCGCUAAGUUAUUGUUCUUACUAUGGAAAGAAGUUGGACCCUGAACCUGGACGGUGUCGUCGGACUGAUGGGAAGAAGUGGAGGUGCUCAAAGGAUGCCCAUCCUGACUCCAAAUACUGCACACAUCACAUGCAUCGCGGCCGCAACCGUUCAAGAAAGCCUGUGGAAUCACAAUCGGUCGCCCAAUUGCAGUUGUCUUCAUCAACUGGGACCUCUUCCGCUCCCACUGCAGGGACCUCCAUUCCCCAGCAUUCCAUUACAGGGCAUAACAGCACACCAAGUUUGUUCCUUGGUGCCUCAAGCUCCUUGCAGCUGCAUAUGGACCCUGGUCCAUUAGAGAGCAGGUACUUCUCUGGUGCCAAACCAGGAGUGCAUGAGCAUAUUUUCCGCAAUGAAACAUCUGGUUCUGCAAGGAGUGGUGUAGGGAUGUACGGCAUAGACAACUUGUGGCACUUGACAACGCCUCGAGUGUCUUCAUGCCCUUUGCCAAAAGCUAGCACCCCUUAUUCGGUGCAAGCUGCUUACCCUCAGCACCUGCAGGUUAAAGAUCUCAGUCAGGCAACGCUCAGCUCAGCAUCCAGACAACAACAUUCUUUUGUUAGAAGUGAAGUUGAUGCACCAGAAACCACAAAGCAUGAGGGUCAAUUCUUACUACCUUUCUUUGAUGAAUGGCCAAAGACACGGGAAUCUUGGUGUGAUCUUGAAGAGGAAAGAUCCAAACAAGCAUCUGUCUCUGCGACCCAACUCUCUAUGGCAUUUCCAAUUGUUGCCUCAGACUUAUCCACCUCCUCUUCCAAAUCCUCCAAGAGCGAGUCUGCGUCCAGUCGCACUGACCUGCGUGAUAUGAUUUGACGCGAUCUUCUUAUUCAAUGUUUUCUGAAUUGAUUCGAGAAAGACUAGAGCUUGUUGCUAGUUUUGUCACUUUCUUGUUAGGUUGAGUUGAGAUCUGGGUUGUCUGGCUCUUCUUGUUACAAUCUUGUACUGAACUGCAUCAGUUAAUGUGGAAGCUACAUCCAUGAAAGUUGUUUUGAUCCA